GGCCCUCUCCAUGGAUAUAGACACAGACUAUGAGCGGCCCAAUGUGGAGACGAUUAAAUGCGUGGUGGUCGGGGACAAUGCAGUGGGCAAAACCAGGCUCAUAUGUGCCCGGGCUUGCAAUGCCACCCUCACACAGUAUCAGCUGCUCGCCACCCACGUGCCAACAGUUUGGGCCAUCGACCAGUAUCGUGUAUGCCAGGAGGUGUUAGAGAGAUCUCGUGAUGUUGUGGAUGAGGUCAGCGUGUCCCUGAGGCUCUGGGACACAUUCGGGGAUCAUCACAAGGACAGAAGAUUCGCCUAUGGCAGGUCGGAUGUGGUGGUGCUUUGCUUCUCUCUGGCUAAUCCCAAUUCCCUGCGCCAUGUCCGCACCAUGUGGUUUCCGGAGAUCAAGCACUUCUGUCCACGGACGCCCAUCAUCCUGGUUGGUUGCCAGCUGGAUCUCCGCUACGCUGACCUGGAUGCAGUUAAUCGUGCACGCCGACCCCUCGCCAAACCCAUCAAACCGACAGAUAUCCUGCCUCCCGAGAGAGGCCACGAGGUGGCGAAGGAGCUCGGGAUACCCUACUACGAGACGAGCAUCGUCGCCCAGUUUGGAGUCAAGGAUGUUUUUGACAAUGCCAUUCGAGCCGCCCUCAUCUCCCGCCGUCACCUGCAGUUCUGGAAAUCCCACCUGAAAAAAGUCCAAAGGCCACUUCUCCAGGCGCCCUUUCUGCCUCCUCGCCCGCCACGCCCCAUAGUGGGAAUUCCAGACCCCCCUCCCUCCGACGGUGAGGGCCCCGACUCCCUCUUCUGCCACCCACUCUGUGCAGAUGUUGUUUUUCUGCUGCAGGGCGGCUCCACUCGUGUUUUCGCACACAAAGUAUAUCUGGCUACUUCCUGCUCCAAAUUCUAUGACCUCUUCACCCUUGAACUCGAUGCAUCCUGCACGGCUCCACAAGGGGAGCAGGACAAAAGCAAGGAAAGCUCGGACAGUGGGGAGGAUGACGAGCUGAGCAGACGAGGAGCCAAGGAGCAAGCCGGGCGCACUAAGAGCCUAGACAUUGAUAAAGACGGGGUCGACGGUGGCGUGCGGGGUCUGAAUCGACCCCCGCUGCUCCAGCGCGGCUCGUUACGGACUUCCCAGAGUGAUAAUGCACUCCCCUCUCGAGCCCAAUACUCUCUGGGAACUCCUGUGAGUGGCCGGGCGCUUUCGGGAUGGGGAAGAGGGUUCUUGAGUGUUUGUCUGGAGCAUGUUGAUGACCCCAUGACUGGACGACCACGACUAAUGACUGUGGUCAUCAUGGAUGCGCUCAUACAAGAGGAACCAUUCAAGGCCGUGCUGCAGUACUUGUACACUGGCAGCUUGGAUGAAGGUCGAGGAGACCUGAUGCAGGUGGCCACCAUCGCUGAGCUCCUCGAGGUGUUUGACCUGCGGAUGAUGGUGGCCAAUGUUCUCAACAGGGAGAGUUUCAUGAACCAGGAGAUAACCAAGGCGUUCCACGUCCGCAGAGCCAACCGCAUCAAGGAGUGUCUUAACAAAGGCACCUUUGCUGAUGUGGUGUUUCGGCUGGACGAUGGCUUCCUCCCGGCCCACAAGCCCCUGCUCAUCUCCAGCUGUGACUGGAUGGCGGCCAUGUUCCGUGGCUCGUUCAUGGAGAGCUACAUUGAGGAGGUGCCCAUCCCGACCACGAGUACCCCGUGUAUGCGAGGCGUGUUGGAGUUCUUGUACUGUGCCAUGCUGACACCGUGUCCUGAUUUGGAGGCCAUUGAACUAAUAGUGGUGGCCAACCGGCUUUGUUUACCACGCCUGGUCGCCCUCACGGAGCAGCACGCUGUUGAUGAGCUUCUGCAGUUGGUCGUGAAAGGAGUUGACAUCGACGGACACGUCUUGGCCUAUUUGGAGCUUGCCCAGUUCCACAAUGCCAAGCAGCUAUCUGCCUGGUGCCUCCAUCACAUCUGCACUAACUAUAACAGCAUAUGCCGCAAGUUUCCUAAAGACAUGAAGGCCAUGUCUCCAGAGAACCAGAAGCAUUUUGAGAAGCAGCGCUGGCCCCCCGUUUGGUUCCUGAAGGAGGAGGACCGCUACUUGCGCUCGCAGAAGGAGCGUGAGCACGAGGAGGAGAUCUUGCGCAAGCAGCACACCAAGCGAGGCUGGUGCUUCUGGAGACAGCCGUCCUCUUCGCCGCACGUCUCCUAGGCCGCAACAGAAGAGGUCCCAGUUCGACCCCACCUUCCUUCCCCCAAAUCUCUCUCUCUUGAUGCAAACCUGACUCAGUGGUAAGAGGGAAUGUACUGUAUUGUGCCUCUUUACAACCGCGAGAGUGCAGUUCUGCCUAUGUAAUGGCGUCGGUAGGCCCAAGUGCUUCCCUGACCCACGAGUACCCGUGUGGAGCAGCAGCACACUUCCCUGGUCCCCCCCACCCCCCACAAGAGCUUCAUCCCGUCCAUCUUGUGAUUGGACUGGGAGCAAGGGCUGUCAAUAUCUCCUCGUCACAACCUUCUGUCUUGGUCAGCUCCAUUUUGGUUUUAGUUUGACUUGGGGAAUCGGUUUUGGGGGUGAGGGGGCAGCUCACUUUUGCCUUUCACUUCUACUAUACAGACUGUUAGCGUGCACACACAGACUCUUUGCCCACGAUCUACCUUUCUACAACCAGCACUGGAUAUCCAGGAAGUGACACAAUGUAACUAAGUAUUUUGAUACAAGUCGUGCUUUUUUUUUUUUUUUUUUUUUUGUAAAUCCCUUGCACCUUUUUACACGACUCUCAUUCGAGGGAGAUCAAUCGACUUCCUCCGAGGAAGGGUUCAUGAUUGUCUUGACAGUUGAAUUGGACCACAUUUUUAAAAUUGAGAGCAAACCCUGAAGUUCACAACAUCUGGUUUGUCUACAACGUGCACCUUCCACACCCCUCCCCCAAAAAUACACAAAAAAACCCCCAAAAAAAAACAAGUUCACCUUGACGACUCGCCGAGCUGCACUUCAGAGACUUUCCAAGUGACCACUCAAUUGCGUUGACGGGGAUACGGAGCCUUAUUUGACGCCUCUUCCUGGAGGAAUGACUGAUACAGUAUUAAACACAAGCAUCUGUCACGUCCAUCACCGCCUCUCGGCUGCAUGGAAGUGUCUCAGCAAGCCUGCCUUUACACCACUGCACCACUGGGGGCAGCACUGCUCAGCCCCCCCCUCGGCACUACACAGUAACACUUUUUAUGCCUGUGACUUAUACGUUGUUGGCUCUAGUAUUGUACAAGGAGUAUUACGGCCACAUGGACCAAAUAAUAUUCCCACAAAAAUUUGAGUAAAGUCGUAGUAUUUGCCCACGUAAACAUUUUUGCAUCUUUGUAAAUUUCGAAAAGCUCUACAGUAUACGAAACAAAUUUUUAAACAUCAAAUGUCAUUUUUAGUCUAUUCUGCCGUCCACUUAAAAAUGGAUAGCGGGCCGCAAAUGGCCGCGGACCAUUGUUUGGACACCACUGGUCUAUUGCUUCACAGAAUGUCCUCAAAUUGAUGCUGGUAUCUAAAUGAAUGUGCAUAUAUGUCGCAACACACUUCAACGUACUUACUGGACAUCAAGAUGCCAGCAAAUCGUACCGAAGAAAAAAACAAAAACAACAACGAAAAUUAGUUUUUCAGCAAAUGAUAGAGGAUAAGUUAAUAGUGUCAAAAUAAAUGAGCAAAUGCAAAGAUCGUGUGGGUUCAUUAAAUUCUGUUUUCUUUAGAUAUUUAAAAUUCUUUAUUAGACUUUUCACCUAAUACAGUACGUCUUGCAUCGUGCACGCAAAUAAAAAACACUUUAUUUUCAUAAUACGGUUUGUCCCAGCAUGACACAUUUUUUUCUCCUAAAAUAGACUUUAAUGUUUCUGUCUAUCUCAAAAUAAAACUUUUUUUCCCUCGUAAUAUGACGUUCAUCCCUACAACGCAACGUUUUAUCUCGCAAUAUUACGACUUUAAUCUCAUAGUCUCCAUUUUGUUUUCAAUUUGGCCCGAGUACUCCUUUUGUUGGUAUGUACAGUAUUGUGAGAAUUGUUCAAAGGAAGCAAGAGCACAUGCAACACGUUAUUCAGUGCAUUUAUGAACUCUGUUCACCUCACUCUGAAUACCAAAGCUGUGAUUCUCUUUCUUCCCCACUUUUCUUCACUCCUGCUUCUCUUGCAUCCUUGUUGCAAAGACGGCGACGCGGUGGACAAGUGGUUUGUAGUGCGAGGCACGGGAUGGUGUAUGAAUCCCUCCUCCGGAUGGGGGGAAAAAAAAAUCACUUUGCCUUCCGUUCCCUUUGCUGGAAUCCAAAAUGGUGCUUAAGACACAAUGCAACACACAACCACAUUAGUUUUCAGUUUCUAGUGUGUGUCCUCUUCAAUGAAAAGUGCAGCAAGUUUCCAACAAGUUCAUUUAGUUGUAUGUGUUCUUACUCUGUGUUAAAAAAAAAAAAAAAACAAACAAAAAAAAAAGUAAUUGAUUUUUAGAAUGUGUAGCGUUCGGAUUUUACGCACGUUGGGAGAUUGUCUUCUCCAUCCAAUGUGUUGGUUUGAUGUAUACACGCAAGUGUGAGCAAAGGGUGCUCAUCUUUGGACUUUCAGUGGUCGCGUGAAGAGAGUUUUGUUUUUUUUUUUCUGGGCUUUAGCUUGGGAAGCGAUUUUGAUGUGACGGUUUGAGUCACGUGGGUCGCAUGUCCCUGUUCUCCACAGGAGCCGCGAUAAAAGUCCUGAAAUAGAAUUUGAAUUGGAUCUCACGAGAGCCAAGUGAGAACCAAGCAGAGAGUUUUGUGAGGGGAGAGGAGAAAAAAAACAAAAAAAAAAAAAACAGAGUAAAAGGCAAACAUUUGCCUUGCACCAUUCGCGCUCAUCCCAGUUCAGGGCUUUUGGGGAAUUUUGAAAGGUGACCAAAAGAGUUUCGAAUUGAACAGCUUUUGAUGGCUACUUUUUGUCUUAUAAAUUAUUGGUAUGGCCCAAUUAGCCUCUUCUCUCAAUCAUGUGCCUUAUACCGGACAAAAUGAGUCAACAUUUGGGUAGCAGGCUAUUUCUGUCAAUAGGUUGUGGGUCAAACAUUAGCCCACAGUAGAAUCGCAACUUCGUUUUCCAAGCAGAUGCUUUUUGAAUUAAUCUCUGCGGUGAACUCAUGGCCCCAGAUUAUUGUUUUUAUGUGGAUUAUUUGGAUGGAGAAAGAUUCACCACAUGGACAGAAGGCCAUAGAGUGGUUGUGAUUAAAAAAAAAAAAUCGUGCCAGGCUGAUUCCUGAAGUGAAUUGAUCAGUAUAUUUUCAAUGGUAAUCUACACUGUUAUUGAAUGAAGCCUGUGUUAGGAGGGGGCAGCCACUUCAUAGUAUCCAAUAAUGUCACUUUGCAAAGGAAAACAUCUCUUUGUUCUUUGUUUUUGUCUGUGACCUUUCUGUGCUUAGCAUGACUCGUUCCGGAUGUUUGUAGCACACGUUUUUCACUUUGGAUUGACCUAAAUCAAUGACCUUUUUUUACAAGCUCUGACUUUUGUACACUUUCACUCGGCGCACGCACGUUGAAAUACGUAUUUAACGUUGUCAUUAAAAAUAAUAACAUGCAGGGACAUUUAUAAACACGUUUCAAAAAGUGAGAGGCAAUCAUCAAAGCAAACGGUGCAGGUGAUUUAUGAUAUUCAAAGUUUUCUAAACCAGGGGUGGUCCACGAGAGUAGUUGAUCUGGUUCGCUGUCUGAUUCCUCAAACACACACACACACACACACAAAUAGGAGCUGUUUUUCAAAAGUGUAUUCUGGCGUCUGAGCGAAAUUCCCUUCACCCCUUUUGUAAAAAGUUGAAUGGGAAAUACAAUUGGAUUUGCAUGCAGUCAAUGAUAGUGAAAUUGUGGGAUCGCAUGCAUUUUUCUGGGUCUCCUCUCACUUUCCAGGAGUUUUUUUUUCUUGUUUUGUUUUCCAUCAGGAACAAACGUCACUUAAUUAUGCUCAUGGGGGGAAUGUCUAUUCAAAUGGCAUGAGUGUUAAUUGGAGGACAGAAAAAAAACAAACAAAAGUAAAACGUUGUGAGUGUCAAGUCAGCUAUCUGACAGGCCAAAGUUACACUGUACACAAUGUCAUGUCGUUGUCAUCGCGGUUUUUACUCUGAGCGCAACCACCUCUUUGUGUGUCUCCGUUCAUGUGCCUUGAGUGAAAUGUUCACACUUGUAACCCUAGUUUGGGGACCGCUGCUGUACAGGCUGACCACCACUACCAUGCUCCACUUCAAGUUAAUUAAGCCAAAAAGUAACCCCACGCAGACAUAAUGUUCGGCAGCUUGGAGUAUUUUUCUUUUUUUCUUUUUGCAAAGUAAAGCAGCAGAGAAGACACGAGUUUUUUUUCUUUUCUUGUUGUUGUUGUGUUAUCUGCUCGAGUUACGCAACAGUUGAGUCGCGAAGCAACCCUGCACACCAGCAGUUCUCAAUUGAGGUCUCUGCACUCCCUAUGAGGUGCCUGCACUUUUCUAUGAUGUAGCCUAUAAUGACACGUUCUGUGAUCAACACGCUCGAGUCUCUAUAUGACAAGCUUUUGCCAUCAGAACUCAUUACAGUUUUGACUUUGUCAUCCACAUUCAGUACAGUAUUACCGUAUCCCUGCUCCAAUCUUCAGAUGCGGUGUGACUAAUCACGUAGGAUUUAAAUGCAAACAUUUGCUGUGACAACUAUGUAUAAAACGAUGCUUGCUUUAACAAAUUCAGAUAGUUGUGAUCCAAAGUGAAGUCCAGUAUUUGGGAAGAACAGUGUCAUGUGAGAGCUGCGGAGGAUUGGCUGAAUAGUAUUGUGGUGCACAUUUGUUCCCAUGUGACUUUUAUUAACCUCCACUGCUCAUAUGUAUUCCCAUAAAAACAAAGAGCACACGUACCACCUUCACUUAUAACUGACUGCUAAGGGCUUUCAAAAAGAAGAAGAAAAAAAGAGUUAAUUAAACAAUCAGAAUGUUUGCUACUGUUUGCAAAGAUGUUUUGAAACGGUUUGUUAUAUAUUUUUUUGAACCGCUAUGAUGGUUUGUUAUAUUUUUUGAACCGCUAUGAUUUGUACAAAAUUACCUUUUUUUUGGCCAUUUCAGUAUUUUGAUGUUUGACAUGGAUUUUAUUAAAACGGUUAACCUUU